CGGUCGUCCUGCGCCUCAGCCAGUCCGUGGCGCCGGUCAAUACCACCACCAUCAAACGCGAUUUCUGAAAGCAUUUUCCAUGUUCUCCAGCGACAGGAAAACCAUGGACUAGGCCCUUGCUUCCUCCCACAGACUGCAAAUCCAACGUCUGCUUGCGAAGAAUUGAUGCCAAACGAUUUUUCGAAUUCUUCUUGCUACCAGCACAAUUCACAGUUUGACAGUUCAACUGGCUGCUAGCUAGAGGCAGCGGGGAAAAUAUUCCACGCCGAAUUUAUUUAUAAUUUUUUCAUUUUAUUUAUUCUUGUUCCACAAAACUGUGUUAAAUUCACCUUGUUCUGUUAUUUAUCAUCACGUGAUCAGAUCGAAGAAAUAUUAUUAAAAGAAAGAAUUGAUAAAUAUCGUUCAGAAUCUGAAAUUUAAUUUUUUUUGUCGCGGGAAAAAUAUCGUCUGCAAUAGCAGAAUAGUUAUACGAACACGAACACAUUCGUCUCGCAGCAGUUUCAGAACGAUUCAAAUGUCUGCUACCUUGGAAAUUGUUGUAAAUGAUUCAUUUUCUGACGAACAUGUAACUUAAAGAAGAUCGUCUGCUACAUUUUCAGCUAGAAAGGGAGGAAAGUAACUGUUCUACCGAACCAAGUGCUCGUUCAACGGACUAUAGCUACCUGAUGCUUGCUUGGUACGCCUCGAGCCCGGACCACGGCGGAAACCCGGAUCUGUCCGCCAAUCCUCCGCCAGCUUCAUCGCCGCAUUUCAGGCCUACGAUGCAAAGUCCUGGUCCUCCAUACCAAAGUACCAUGGGCUCUGCUAUGAAUUAUUCUGAACGUCCGUAUGAAAAUCAAAUGGCAUCUCAUUGUCAGACUAACAGUUACCCUUCUUACCAACCUCCCUCCCCCUACAGACCACAUCCUGUUUCUCCCCCAGCCCACGCUCACCAGUAUGGGGCUCACCAAAUGCAUGGCAGUCUCGGUUAUGGCAGCACCCAUCAGCUGGGGCCUUAUGGCUCCGCCCCAGCAUCCCACUACGCUUCGCUCAGCCCUGAUCUGUACGGGGGACGCCCUCCUUCCAUGUACAGUAGUAGUAGCGCUAGAGCAAUGCAACAAAUGAAGGCCGCAUGGGGUGGAGAAAAUAAUAAUAGUAACAGCAGCAAUGACAUCAUGCAGUACAGUCAACCCUCACCGCGUCCUAUGAUGCCUCCACCUCCUACCAUGCACUCGCCUCCACAUUCUGGAAUGGGAGGUGCAGCACCGGGACCACCUCCCCAUUAUCGUCAAAUUCCUAUUGUCUCCUCGCCUCAUUCGUGGUCACAGUCACAGAUGCCCAGCCCAGGUGGAGGCGUCCUCCAUUCUCCAAGAACAACUCCUUCGCCCUUGCCUCCCCAUUCUUCCCGAUCACCACCUUUCAGCCCUCCUCCUAACGCCCCUUCACCUCAGCAUCAUCCUCCCACUCCAUCAAUGACACCCCAUAAGACGACUACACCAUCUCCUCCUUCGGGAUCAACCACUCCUCGACAACCUAUGUGCAAUACUCCACCAGCAGGUGUCGUCCAGGGUGGUCCCCCUAACAAUGACCCUCUCCAGUCCCUACAGAAGAUGGUCAUGUUGGAUUCAGAGACUGUGGAGUCGCCUAUUACCAGAGCGAAUUACGAGAUGGCAGCCAACCAAGCGGCUGGGUCUGCAGCUGCCGCCGCUGCGGCUGCAGCAGCUGCUAGUGCCCCCAACCGCCCAGCAUCAUACUUUUCUGUCGAGCAGCUGGCUGGAGGAAGUGAUCCAGGAUCUCCCUAUCCAACCUACUAUAAUCUCGACCAGAAUCGUCUGUGCACCCCUCCCCGGACAGCAAUGUCCACCCCUACAAGUUCCACAUUCUCCUCGGCCCCUGAUUCGACUUCUAGUAAUUCGCCUCGCAGUGACUCUCGAACAACAACAGCCAGUGCCGAUUCAUCUAAUCACGUGGGACACGUCAAUGGAGAAGUGAACCCACAUGUUGUGAAUCCUAUCGUGGCUGCAGGACCCCCAGAAGCGCAACCACCGCCUCAACCACAAGGCCCACCUCCAAGACGAUCCGAUUUUGAGAAUUUCGGUGUAGCUGAUGUAAGGAUGACCAAUGGGACACAUCAACCAGAAGCAGCUGGACUUAGAGAUGAUCUUGGUGGACCCGUGUCUAGUGAUUCCGAGAAUAAGGAUACACAAGAUUUCUUGCAACAUCUAGGAGGAGGAGUUCCUCCGUUACCAGAGCCUGACGGCACAAUGGAUUUGAGAAGAAAAUCUCCCAAAUCCCCUCGUGGCAGGAGGCGAGUGUUUGGACACGAUCUACAAUGUGAUCCUCUCAUGGACAAUUCCAUAGACAUGCCUCGCAAACAAAUGAUGAUGGCAGAAGAAAGACGGAAUUCCACCUUACCAGAGUUUGAGAUCACCAAUGGAAAGCCUGAUCCUUGUGAAGACAUGUACCCAACGGAUUAUGCACCAAGGCCUCCAAGGUAUUACAGCCCAAGCAACAGGUGGAACAAGAUGGGACCUCUUGAAGAUGGUUUCAUGGGAAUGCAACAGAGUAAACCUUAUCCAGACGACUGUCUUUCAAUGCCAAAGCCAUCUAAAAGAGGCAGAAAAAAGAAAAUGUUUGAACAGGAAGGAAUAGUUUCCGAGUGGGAUAUGUAUAAUUCAGAAGUUGUACAUCGACCCCCUAGAAUAUCCAGAGGGGGAACACGAGGUCGUCGAGGCAGUCGCAGAAGAGGAGGCGCUGCAAUGAACUCUUACCCAACCAACAAUGGAGAAAUUCCAAUGGACAUGUAUUCUACUGAUGCCAUGAUGUCCAUGAGAAACCAUCCCUCAAACGGAAUGGGAGACAUGGUGAAUGCCAACAAUGAUAAAGAUAUGCCAUGGGCUUCCCAUGGAUACCACAUGGGACCUCCCCCAACUGGAAUGAACACCGAUUACAAUUCAGCCAAAGACAACAUGUCCGUUAUCAAGCCUAACGUGAUGGAAUCGAUGGACAAUUCGUCUAUGAACAACAACCUCGCACAGUCACAAGCUCCCCCGCCAAACUAUCAAAGUGAUGUUCCUGAUGACAGAGCCCGAGGGCCUCUCUUGUUCACUGUCAAUAAAGACGGCAGUACGGUGAAGCUUCAGGACAGUGGUCAGAUGAACAGUAAUAACAAUUCCAUGCAACAGCAACCUCCCCCGCAGUAUUAUGACCCAGUUUUAGGCCAGAUGAUGCCGCAGCCCAUCAAGAAAAAGAGGGGCAGGCCAUUCGGCAGCAAGAACAAGCCCAAACCACCCGGCGAAGAACGCCAACCGAGGCGCCGUCGCAAGAAGGAGGUAUUCUUCGGGCCCGAAGGGCCACCUCCCCCCAUCAUCAAAAAACGCGUCAUAAAUGGUCCCUAUGUCCACAUCGUGGGCGUAAGGAACAAACCUCUCGUUGUGUCCAUCGUGAAUGCCCCUCCAAAGGACGAGAACAAGUUCUGGCCUCAGCAGCCACCGCAGCAACAGUACCAGUUUGGAGGUGUCAUUCGCCAGAGCAUGGGCACCAACCUGCCACACAUCUAUGAUUCCAUAACGAAGGACCGCAGCUGGCUGUGUUCCCUGUGCUGCAAGAACAGCCACUACCGAGGGCUGGGCGACCUGUUCGGCCCGUACUAUCUGAAUGGCGACCAGAAGCCGUCCAACUACUCGGCCCCUCCUUCCCCCGCUCCCACCUACGGUAACGAGUCCAGUGAACCCGGCGAGGACAUGGAGCAAGAGGACAGCAGCGCGGACAUUACCGAACCACCCUCUUCCUUUUCGGAGGGCAUGAGGAGGUCUGCAAAGAGGAAAGAGGACGUCAUGGAACAGAUGUACCGGGCGGCACUCCUCAGAAAAGCCAAACAGGCCAAUGGCCAGAAGCCUCUGGAGGAGAUGUCCAACCACUUGCCGGAUCUGCCGAUGUCCAACCAGUACCCGAUGGACGGGACGACGGACAAUAAAGAGUUCUGGGUCCACGAAGAGUGUGCCGCUUGGUCCAAGUCGGUCUACCUCUUCGGGCACAGGUUAAGAGGCUUAGAGGAGACGGUUCUGAAAGCUGUAGAUAAGCUGUGUUCGCGGUGUAAAUUUCCAGGAGCUUCUUUAAGUUGUGCUAGAGAAAAUUGUCCAGAGCUAUACCACUAUUUAUGUGCUCGGGAUAAUUGGUGUCAUAUGGACGAAGAAACUUUUACAAUAUAUUGUCCACAGCACAAGGUACAGCAUUUCCGUUCUGAAAACCAGCAGUCAGCUUUAUCAAGCCAUUGCGACGACUCACAAGGCAUUCAAAAUACAUAGGAAAUAUCCACAAACUACUAACUAAGAGCUUCCAGCUACUUCGAGGUCCGUGGUUUGGUGCUAAUUGUUUCAGCAAAUGAUGAAACCAUCGACCACUUUUUUUUUCCAUUCAAACUGCCACACGGAAAAGGAAGAAGAACAGACUGUGCUCUCGAUCAUUUUCUCAUUUUUAACGACUGUGAACGGAAAGGAAGAUAUAUGUGACACCACUGACUGUGACUGGUUUCAGACAUUUAUCUCUUCAGUUUUAUAAAUAUAAAUAUAUAUAUAUAUAAAAAUAUAUAUAUAUUCACAUAAUAUAUAUAUAAUUAUUAAAUCCAUGCCAUUUGCUGUUUUUAAAGCCUCCUUGAAACAUUUUUUGUCUCCCUUCCUAACUUCAGAUGUUGUAUUUUUGUCCCUCAAGAAAAAAAAAAAAUCCCAAAAUUUCUAUUUAGAAUUUAGAAAUUUGUAUAUGUAUGUUUCAUGUUAAUAACCCUGCACUUGUUGCAAGUAUGUUGGGAACUGUCCAAAACAAUAAAAAUCAAAACUCUAUAUAUUGUCUGAGAAAAUCUGAUUUUUUUUCAUCUCAUUUGCUAAUAAAUUCCGUACUUUAUCGGAUAUUUGCUUUAAUUCUUAGUGUUUGAUUAAUUUUUAAAUUUAAGGGCAUGAUUAAUAUUUUGCUAUACAUUACAUCUUAUAUAUAGUUUUAAAAUCGUAAAUAUUUUUAAAAUAAAUGUUUAUUAUAACUGUAAUAAAUCGGGCCUUGUUUCAUAUAAAAUAUAAUGCUUUAAGUGCUUUAAUUUUGGCAUUAUAAAUUAUAUAGCUAACGCUAUUUUGAGACCAAACGAUAAAUUUGGUUGCCAUAAGUGGCAUAUAAAGUUAUAAAGAUGAAUUCAUUUGGAAUAAAAAUAGCAAACGAUAAAUUUUUUACAAUAAAACGCAAACAAGAAUGCAAAAAGAAAUUGAUUUUAAACCAAGCGAUAUUUUUUAUUUAAAUUGCAUUGCAAAAAGAAAAUAAUUGUAAAUAGCGAUUAUUCUUUCAGCGGAUGAAUAAAUUUUAAAGAAAAUUGUAUACGGUAAAUCAUAUUUUCACUCAUUGUAAAUGAAAGCCGAUUGUAAAUAAUUAUUAAAAUUAAUUGUAAAUAAAAGUGGUCUGCAAAAAUAUUUGCUCAUUGUCGAUAAUUUUUUUGAAAAACGAAUUAAAAAUAAAGAAAUAUA